AUGGCCUCCGACGACUGGUCGCUCACCCCCGCGACGCUCGCUCGCGUCGCCGAGCUCCCAACCCCCGACGUCCCGGACCCCGACGCCCUCGGCUCCGACGCCCUCGCCGCGCUCGAACGCGGCGCCCGUCUCGGCGUCGAUUCCUGCGGCGUCUGCGGCGCCCCCGAAACCACGACGGGCGACGACGACGACGAUGCGGGCGACGCGCCGCCCUCCGUGGAGUGCGCUCGAUGCAGGGCGAUCGUGUACUGCGGCGAGGCGCACAUGGCGGCGGACGCGCGCGAUCACGCUCGCGUGUGCGACCUCCUGGCCUUCGACGCCGACCUCGCCGACGUCGACGUGCCCGACGCGGACGCGAGGGCGGCGGCGGCGGUCAAGGCGACCGUCGCCAAGCUCAAGCUCCUGGGCAGGCGCACCACGGCGACGCUGCUCGGCCCGCGCGGCUACGGCGACGAGGGCGACGACGAGAACGAGGCGGCCGCCCGCGCCGCCAGGGACGAAGCCACCAAGCCGCGCUGGCGCGCGCUGUUCAAGCUCGCCAGAACCGACGACGCAAAGCCAAAGGACGACGACGACGAUGCAGAUGCAAAUGCCAAAACAGCCGCGACGCUUCGCAGGCACGCGGAGCUCCUCUCCGCGCCCCUCUCCCUCGUCGCCGCGUCGUGGCUGUUCCCGGUGGUCAAGUACGCGCUCAUGCUCGGCGUGGGCGGGGAGGGCAGAGCCGAGGAGGACGAAACCGCCGCCGCCGACAAGGAGCUCACGCCCGCCGUCGUUCACGUCGUCCACGGCUCGGGCGGCGACUGGUGCGACGCCGCGGCGGACGCGAUGUGGCUCGUCGGGUACGGCGCCGCGCUCGAGAAGCCCGGCGUCGAGGUCACCGUCGUCGCGCCGGACCUCCCGGAGGGGUGGCACGGCGUGAAGCGAUCCGUGGGCGGGGACGACCGGGGCACCCGAUCGGUAUCGUUUCAUCGCGGCCGGUACGACGACUUCGCGGCCGCCGCGGGGGGAACGAAGGGCGACGACGACGCGUCACGAGACUCACCCGGGCCGUGCCUGGUGUUCGCGCUCGACCUGUGCGAGGCGCUGGACGAGUGCGAGGUUUCGGAGGAGGAUGAGGAGGGGAACGAAGGAGGAGGAGGAGGAGGAGGUUGGAUGCGUUCCGUUCGCGCCGCGGGGUGCCCCGUGCUCACCGCCAACAGGAACCAGUUCGAGCUCGCCGCCGAGCGCGAGCGCAUGGAGGACGAGCUCGGGUACGUCCUCGUGGGGAUGGCUCGGUGCCCGUUCCCGUGCCCGGUGCCGAGGCAAUCGCCGGCGUCGGCGAACGAGGUACACCGGCGGAACGAGUGGCUCGCCGCGUACGUGCCCGCAUCUCUCGCUGCUCAUCCCGCGAGCGACGAGCUCGAACCCACACGCGGGGUCGCGCCGGGGAAGCGAUCGGGUGGGGACGACGAGUCGGGGGGCGAGAAGAGGGCCAGGCGGUGA